GAGGGCGAGGAGGAGGCGGGAGAGGAGGGAGGAGAGGGGGUUCGGCGUCCCGGCCAGCGAACGUCGAAGCCGGGCACAUCGCCACUGACGGCGCCGAGCGCAUGAGUGGCGGCACGCACAGGUGGAUUACCCCGGGGCCGCUUCCGCGUUCGCAGUGUCGUCGUCCAGGGCGCUUCCGCAUCGUCGCGUCCGCCUCGGGAGGCUCCCCCGUCACCCACGUUUCGAGCCGGAGUCGGCCCGCAAGACCGGGAUAGCAGUGAUCGUGCCUCGCGUGGUGAAUAAUUCUUCGGCGACGACGGUACUGGCGCCGGGCGUCCUUCUACCAAACUUCUCACCCACCCGGGCUCGACGCAUGUGCCGGAUUGCAUCGGCGGCGCGUUGGACUGCCUCGUGCUACUCGGAGCGCGCAGACAUCCACCGUGGCGCGGGCCCCGGGCCAUGAAACCACGUGAUCGAGCGGUGUGUUUGUAAAUACCCUCCUUCCCCCUCUUCCUCCGGCCGCAUCCCUUCUUGUUUGCCAGCGUCGGUGAUCGUCGGCGAGUGCGGUGUUGGUUGGCGGCCCGUGGGUGCCGGGUGUACUGGUGUCCGCGUCUGCCCGGGCCGGGGGGUUGUGGGGGUCCAUGCGGCUGGGUUCGGGACGGCAGCAGGGCCGCGAUCCGGAUUGCACGAGUGGCAGCGACAGUGCAGCGACCAGUGUCCCCACCGGCGGCAUCUGACGACAGCCCCUGCGAGCCGCCUGCUGAAGCGACCACUGUCAAAUGUCUUGGAGUAACAGUUACACUAAAGUGGAGGUGGUUCAGCCCCAGACGUCCUCAGGCUCCAUCAAAGCGACCGUGUCGUCGUGCCGGUUCACGGACGACGACUGUGGUGGUGGUGGUGGUGGUGGUACUACUGGUACUGGUGGUGGCUCCACCUGGGGGGAGUCGAGGAGAUCGCCCCCCACCCAAAUCGAGAUUAUUCCAUGCAAAGUGUGCGGUGACAAGUCCUCCGGUGUCCAUUACGGAGUCAUCACUUGCGAAGGCUGCAAGGGAUUUUUCAGGAGAAGCCAGUCAAGCGUGGUCAACUACCAGUGUCCCAGGCAGAAGAACUGCGUCGUCGACCGUGUGAACAGGAACCGAUGCCAGUACUGCCGGCUACAAAAGUGUCUCGCAUUAGGGAUGUCUCGAGAUGCGGUGAAGUUCGGGCGCAUGUCCAAGAAGCAGCGUGAGAAGGUUGAGGACGAGGUGCGGUUCCACCGGGCGCAGCUGGUGCGGCCGCAGGGGACCAACCCCGGCACGGGCCAGUCCGGCGCCUCCCAGGGCCUGGCGUCGGCCGCGCAGGGGGCCCAGGCCACCGAGACGUCGCCGGACAGCUCGGUCUUCGACCAGCAGCAGACGCCCUCUUCAUCCAACCAGGCCGUGCCCUUCCUCAACGGGGGGUACACGUACCCGGAGGAGCUGACCUCGUACACACCCAACGGGUACGCGUACACGGCGACGCCUGCGACGAUCCAGUUCGAGAUGAGCACGGACUACGUGGACAGCACCACCUUCGAGCAGCGCCAGCAGAUGGACCCCACGCCGGACACCAACGGCCUGCUCUCCACCACUGCCACCACCACCACCACCGUUGUACCUGCCUCCUCUCUCGCCUCGCACCUCGAGGAUUCAGAUUUGAAAUCGGCAUCCCAAGAAGAUCUGCUGGCCAAGACGGUGUCGGACGCGCACAGCCGGACCUGCCUGUACACCACCGAACACAUCCAGGAUCUGACGAGGAAGCCGCUGGACAUCUCGCGCGUCAUGCUCUACAAAAACAUGGCGCACGAGGAACUGUGGCUGGAUUGCGCGCAGAAGCUGACCCAAGUCAUCCAGCAGAUCAUUGAGUUCGCCAAGAUGGUGCCGGGAUUCAUGAAGCUCUCUCAAGAUGACCAGAUAGUGCUGCUCAAAGCAGGGAGCUUCGAGCUGUGCGUCCUCCGGAUGAGUAGGUACUUCGACGUUCCCACGGGGCUCGUGCUUUACAACGACAGCCUCCUUCCCAUGGACGCCUUCAUCACGCAAGAGACCCUGGAGAUCAAGCUUGUAAAUAAUGCCUUCAACUUUGUGCGGAGUAUAGCUGAGAUGAAGCUGACGGAAACGGAGCUGGCGCUCUACUCCGCCUACGUCCUCCUCGCCCCAGACCGGCCGGGCCUGAAGGGGGUCCCGGAGAUCACGCGGCUCAGCACGGCCAUCCUCAAGAGCCUGCGCUACGAGCUGGACAAGACGCACGAGCAGCCGUACAAAGGCGACGUUAGCGUCUUCGACAGCCUGGUGGCCAAGCUGCCCAGCCUGCGCGAGGUCAGCCUGCUGCACAUGGACGCGCUGGCCAAGUUCCGCCGCUCCGUGCCCCACCUCGAGUUCCCCGCCCUGCACAAGGAGCUCUUCUCCGUCGACGUCUGAUGAGGGCUGUGCUCUCCCGCCGCAGAUCGGACUUCUCUCGCCGCGGUGCGUCCCCGGGGGCCCUUCGCCCGAGGGGCGCUGCCGGCGACAUUGGGGACACGACGACGCGUGCGCUGGCGACUCUCUCUCUCUCUCGAGGCACUCGCAGAGGGCUGCAAGCGGUCGGCCGGCUCGGUCACCCCCGAGUUGAGCCUCGCUGGUGUUCGGAAAUACUGCCAUCCCUACUUUCAAUAUGCAACGUGCCCAAGCGUUCCUGCGAGCUUGCCUUGCCAAGACGACAAAUUUUUACGUUUCUACGCGACUUUGUGAAGCGGCUUUGUUACUUUUCGUUUGACAGAAAUUGUCGGAACGGCAGCCACGCCUUCGGCGUGUCGUCGUGCUCGCGCCAGUGUCGCCCGCAAUCGCUCUUCGAGACUGACGCCCCCAACAAUCGGUGCUCUCGUUUUUUUUUUUAAAGUUUGAAUUUUUUUUAGAUUUUUAUUUGAAUGUACUUUUUUGGGCUCUCGAGAACAAAAAUGUCGUGCCCGAAGGAUGCUGCUCCUUUACCGGCGAAGAAAGCGCAAAUCAAACGACGGCUCAUUCGGUCGCAUUUCUUCCGACGAGAGCAAAACUUCGUCCCCCCCUUUUUUUUAAAAUUCAAUUUGUUGCUAACACGGACUAUGUUCGACAAUACUGUCUCUUCCUUUUCAUUGUGUGUUUUUAAGGUCUUAGGGUUUCGAUAAGCUUCGGAGUGCCGUUCUUUUUGUUCCCCUCGUUAACUGCGUGACUGCACAGAAGAAAAAAGAAAAACCCUGUUUGAGUUGUCAUCAUGUCCACCACUGAAAACAAGUUUUUUGUCAUCUUGUUUUUUUUUUACCAUUGUUGUCUGUGCUCCGAUUCUCUUCUCACCCCAUGUUUGUUGCGUAUGGAGCAGAAUAAACUCGGAAGCAGCUUUUUUUCACCCAUAUUUUCGACAACUACGUCAUUGAGGGAGAGAGGGAAGAUUGCACGUCUCCUUACACUUAGCCCAGCCACGAAAAGAGUGAAAGUAGUUUAUCUCGAACGACUUGAAUUCGGAAGCAAACCCGAGCUGCAACACUUCGGACGUCUUUGAUUGUCUCGACGAGCCUUUCUUCCUUCCUUUAAACCUGUCCUUUACGUCAAACUUAUCAAACAGUGAGGUCAUAAUAGCUCUCCUUCGAAGCCGCUCUUUUCAAGACCUCUUCUUUCCCAAAGCGAUUCGAUCGAGGUCCGUACAAACCCAACCGAAGCUUGUGUACGGUUCUUUUCAUGCUGCACAAAGGCCGAAGCGGUGGACUCCUGAACUGUGUCUCUUUCGUCUCACCGGCAGUUACAGUUAGAUGGAGUUCUAUCGAGGGAAGAAAUCCAGUCGAUGCAGCGCCCACAAAGUUACUGCUUGGGACGAGUGGAGGAUUUUGCUGGGAUCGAGGCAGAGGUAAUUGCGACAGCUGCAGCUCCUUGUAAACUUCUCCGAUGAUGGCGACUCCGCGAGAGGAAGACUGAUCCUACGACUAUGGAGAGGGUGUGUCCAGCGUUACGGCUUCGGGAGCAAGGAAGUGUUCUAGAGACUGCCGAGCAGGGGACGAGAGGUGUUGCGAGCGCGCUCUGUACAUAACCGUAUAUUCUUUUUUCCCUUUUUUUUUAUGAGAGACACCGGACAGCUCAUGCCGCUUCGUCGAGGGCACGGAAAGCAAUAAUGUGAUAUCUACACCACUGCAGAAAGGGAGGGAAAAAAAACAAAACAAAAACGAAACGACAAAAGCGAUGCGGGACCCUUCUAUCUCGUCUUUUUUUUUUCGGUUUUUAGCAAAGAGUUGAUAGACUCUUUGACUGUACAUAAUAACAAACACCGAUGCAAAGAAACCGGUCUCGAGGAUCUCCAUUUCAACGCGUGACUAUGGUGUCGCUGUGCUCUCAACGCUUCACGCGGCGGACCUGUUGCUGAGAGGUUACGCGGUAGGGUCCGCUGGAAAAUACACACGCAGCCGUACCCCUUCCCCGUACUGUUGAGCAAGAUGCGAAGCCGUACACCGCGACCGCUGUGGACCCUGGUUGGCCGAGAGUCUGACUGAAGUUUGGAAACAGUGGAGGGUGUUCGGGUUCCGCAGUUGGAACGCUGGGUUGGGGGACCCUCGUUCCCAGACUUGCAGUUUGUAGCGGUCUUGAAGUGCGUUGGCAUGCGCGGAGGAUGCAACGGCGACGAGGUGCGAUGGGUGCUAUCAGUCCAAGCUCUGCGUGCUUUCCUCGAUCAUUAAAAUCUCCAAAAUAUUUUUGACAAUUAAUUUUUUUUUAAAGAAUGCAUUCAAGUCAAUGGGAAAUAUUAUUUUGUGCGAUUGUUGCAAGAUAUUUUGCCCAUAUAGGACGGUCGCAUGAUUUUUAAAAACGAGUUCCAUCGUCUAGCAGAACCCUGUGUUGACGUCCAGUGGCUGUUGUAUUUCUCUUACCGAUAAGUUUGAACAUGGUGCAGAGGUAAAAUUGUUUGUUAUAGAUCUGGUGUAUUGUUUUCCUUUGCACGGGCCGUGUUCGACGGUUGUGGCAAGCAACCGCUCUUUUUUUUUUUCCUGGCAAAUGUACAAGGCACUAUUGCAAAUUUUAUGUUCAUUUUAAUUGCGAACCGUUAAUUAGAUUGUCACUUUUUUAAUGACCGGGAAAGUGUGGAAGGUCGACCGUGUGGAUGUUGAAUUGUGCCGUCGGUACGCGUCUGCUGACGAGAGUGACUUGGGGUGAAGAGUUUGCUUCUAUUUUUGGAGAUAAAAAAAAAAAAAGAAGAAAACACCAUAAAACGUGUUCGACGUGAAGUAAGGGGUCGACGAGCAACUUGCGAAAACUACUGCCAUGCUCCAUUUUCUGUACAUGUUCCUUCUUUUAAUAAUACUUUGUGUCACUUUUUUUCUUGUCGUCUUCGGUGAAUGGUUUAGUCGUUUUUUUUUUUUUUGUUUCUUUUUUGAAAGUUAUUUUACGAAGUAACAUGUUUUUUCGUGUUAUAUGCUCACUUAUUUAUGAAGCACACUUCAGUGUUCGGUUUUUUGAUGUGACGUUGAAUGUACAUUGUCUUCCGUUUCUCCACCCCAUCGUCCAACUUUGCUCUCGGUGCGUCUCUUUUUGACUGUUGGUGCUGUUAUUUGUGUCAUACGUGCCUACUUUUUUUUCUUUGUCUUCGUUCCACUUAAGUUUCUUUUUUUUUUCUCCCGUUUCAUUUAUGUUUUGAUUUCGUUGUGCGCGCGUGACUGUCGCGUGCCCGACGCUGCCGCAACGCCAUGGCGACAUCCACCCCGUCGAACCUGUCGCUUACGUGACCUGUCCCUCACUUCGCUCGCGUCACCCUCUUUCAUUGUUAGCCUCGUGCAAGCGCGCUGCAGCAAUCUUGGCACACACACACUCACGCACACACACGCAUUCAUAAGCAAGAUGGGAGUGCUCGUGAAGGAGCACACCCUAAAGAGAGAGAGAGAGAGAGAGAACGAAAAAAAAAAUAUCGGAUCACCAUUCACCUAUAGCUAUCUGUCAUCCUCAUCGCUUCUUUUAUAUAUAUAUAUAUGUAUGUAUGUAUACAUUACAUUCAUAUAUCUAAGAUACAAGUAUACACACGAGUAUCGUUAAGCCCGAGUGCACGCCGGAAAUUGUUCGCGGAUGUUUGGUUGGUGUUUGUUUCUUGCUGGCAGUGACAAAGGUUGUGGGAAAUGUGUGCUCGCUGUAGCGAGACCUGCUUCGCUUAGCGUAUGUUUGCGUUUCACUUGAGCCGAUAUUCGCGAGGAGACGGGAACGACCUUCGAAAAACCCAUUGAUUUGCAGAAAGAGAACGUGCUCACCGAUUUUAAUUGGACGAGUAUCGAAACCCAGUCCACGGUUUGUCGAAAUUGCGUGUUUUGAAAAGUUGGAAUAAUUUAAUUUUAUCGGUUCAUUAGAAAGCUGUUACGUGUUGGUUGCGAGGAACUUGAGAACGCACACGUGAUUGAGAGAACGCCGAUCUUUACGCCAUCUUCGGUUUCCUUUUACUUACACAUACAACGGCAACUACUUUUGUUUCUGUUACACACACACAGACUCUCUCUCUCUCCUCCCGAUGACAGUGGGAACAGCGAAGACCGCGGUCUGGAAGGCACAGAAGGAUGACUUGUCGUCCACCGACGAUGUACACGGAAAAGGAUUAUGAGGGUUGAAUAUUUUUCUAGAGAAUACCACACAACUCUCUGACGGGUAAACAAAAAACACCUCUCGUUCUUUUGCGUUUCCAUCAUCUUCCCUUUCUAGUCCUUUUUUUUUCUCUCUCAUUUUAGUUGCUCCCUUCGCGUACUCCCUUUCUCCUCUUCUUUCCAACGUGUUCUGUCCCCUCGCUCGCUGGCUCGCACCGUUUGCGAGCAAAUUGUUGACGCGUCCGUUUGCACGGAAGCAACAAAAACAAAACAAAAACAUGAUAAGAAUUGUUGGCUGGACGCUUGAUGGGCGGAACACCUGUUUUUGCUUGGUCGUUUGUUAGCUUGUUGAUUGAGAUGAGAGAAAGAAAAAGCAAAAUGCUUGUGCUUGAAAGAACCAAGCUGCCUUUUCGCACGGUGAAUGACAAAGUGUGGAGAUCGAUGAGCGAGUGACGUAAAGUGUUGUUGAAGAACGAAACAAAUGCGAGUGUCGGGUGGUUGCGUUAGCCGUUGUCGUUUUCUUGAGGGCUGUGCGGCGGAAUCGACGUGGGUUCGAGGUGAUCUGUGCCGACUGUCUUUUUGGGUACGGCCUAUGACUAUCUUUUGAAUUCGUCGUAGAUGUGUGAGAUCACGCUCAUCGUUUUUAUUGCCUCGCGAUGUUGACAUCGCUGCCCUAGGGAAGGGGGGAGCGGGGAAGCGGGAUGGGGCGUGCUUUUAAAUCCCGGCGCCUCUGGUUUCGAACAAGAACUGCACAAAUCGCAUUGACGUUCUUCAUUCUUGACGUGUUCGGAAGCGUGUGCGUGGACCCUAACGCUUCGAGUGAUUUUUUUUUUUUGUCGAGUUACCUGCGCGAGGUGGUUGGUUAAUUGUACGUGUGCUUGUGCGUAUGAAUGUAUGUAUGCAUGUUUCCGCGUAUCAUUUUGAAUCGCCGCAAAAGAGCGACAAAUUGCGCGCGUUCAUUCACUGACGUGUUUGUUGCUCUCGACUCUCUUUCUUCUCCCUUUGUUGCCUUAUUCGCUGGUUGCGAAAUGGUGUAAAGCGAACGCGGAGUGGUCGGGGAGAAUGUUGACGCAGCACUGGUGGACACUGAGCAUUAAGAGUUGCAUGUGCUCUGUGGGUACCAACACCGCCUCUUUGUUCCCCUUGUUUGUUGAUGUUAAGGGCGUCCGAAACGAGCGCGAAGAGUAAUUAUUCACGGCAACCGAGGCGAGCGUAAAAAACAACAAAAGACACUCCGGUUAAGGAUGCCCUACUUCUUUCCCGUUGAGCGCUUGAGGCAUUAACGAACGGCAGUAUUUGAAGUUGCUUUCAAAACAACAAAACGUAGCAGAAAAGGGCAAGGGGAAAUGAAACUUCUCGUUUUUUGAGCGGCUUUCGGGUCACUUCGGUGGCGUCCUUUUGUACAGUAGCGCGUAGGCGCGAAGCUCAACCGAAAACACUGCGUCAAUUAAUUUGCCGCGUGGUUUGUUCAGAAGAUUUUAAACUGCGCACCGGUGAACCCACCAAUGACAAGCACAGUCUUGCAUUAAGAGUGCGCGACUCAACUGGCUCAAAUUCCAAUUCGGCGUUCUUUUUUUUUUGUUUUUUUUGUUAAUAUUUUGCACGAGUAAUUGUAUAGCGUUCAAACUGUUAGCGUGGUUAGUUGUUCGUACGUUCGGCAGAAAUAUGGCCUGUAGAAAGUUUGCUGAACGCUGUCGUUCGUAAAGGAAACGCGACCAAGGGCCGAUUCCGCGUUCGGGCUAGUUGUGCCGUGUACUGUACGCAGAAGGGGCCAAGUCGCGUGCUGCGGGUCAGACCGUUGAUUGGUUAAGGGAGUGAGUUGGGCUCCGGUGUGCCGCCGGCAUGAGUUACGUUGAACGUGUUCUUUGUUGGCGCCCUGUGGAAUAGGAUGAAUCAGGCUCGGUAACUCUAGAUGGUACCGAAGUAGUAGUGGGGCAUGGACGCAAUCGGGCGAAAUCGGAACAAACUAUAAGCGUCAGUGCGAGCUAACAAGUUUCAUUUCCGUUUUUUUUUUCUCUUUUCUCCAGUUGUAGUAUUGUAACCUCGGUGCCAUAGCGACAAAUUAACAUCAAACCUAACGAGCGCUCUGUCCUCCUCUCCCUCAUCAUCCCUCGGUUAGUUCUAAGCUGCCUUCCCGCGCCGGAGACUUAAAUACCCGCGCGUUCCCACAUGCGGCUGCCAAAGCCGCAAGUGCGUCCGCGACCAUUUUUUCCCCCUUCUCUUUGUUCGUUCGUGUUUAGGCGGCGCGGAAUCGAUCAUCAUCAAUCACCACGACCGUACCGCGGUGGAAAUGAACAGCCACUACACACAGAGAUGCUACUAUAUAUAUAAAUAUAUAUAUAUAUAUAUACACAUAUAAUAUAUUAUAAUAGAGAGUGCCUUCAUUUUGCGUGCUCGUCGUGUAAGAUCUUGGAACCUGUCCGGGUUUGUUGUUACUUGUAGCGGAGCUCGGGCGGCGCAUCUUACAUGCGCUCGGCUUUCGUUUUCUCUUGUCUGCGCACGGCGUCACGCAUCCGAGUGGGCGCUUUGUAGAUACAUCCCCUAACAUCAGCACGGGUCUUGAGGCGGCUGCCGCUGCCCCCGAUGGCAGCUCUCUUUUUUUAGUUUCUCGCCUGUCGCUCCGUUUCUUCGAGUUUCGCGUGCAGUGCAUUUUUUUUCCUGUUUCAUAUGUGUCGCGUUAACUAACCGUCACGUUUUUUUUUUUCCUCGUUUAUUAUUUUGUUUUGACGGUUUGUUUGUUUUUUUUUUUUUUUCAGUCCCCUUCCCCGACUCUUUCUCUCUCUCUCUCCCUCUCUCUCUUGUUCGGAGCUCUUGGGAUGGAACUUACAUUUCGACGGUGUAAAAUAAGGAAAAAAAAAAAAUCGAAACAAAAAAUGUUUAAUGUGACACGAAAUAAAAGUGUAUCAUUCAAAAUCA